GCUGCGCUAUGAGGUUCGUAAUCGGCUUCAAAACAGUGAUACCACAGUACACCUUUAAUAGUGCAACCAAAUCGUGACCGUAUAAGUAAUAGAAAGUUUGUUUCUAUAUUAUUCUGCUGUGCUAUAAUAUUUCUGCGCAUGGAAUUAUACAUGCAAUCAACCGUAUUCAGCAUUUCAACCGAUAGCCGAAGAAAACCCAUUAGUCACAAUCAUCAUGCUACGUCAUCUGGUUAAUGUACUGCGCUAUAUGCUGCAAGCGAUACGGAAGAAUAUCAAACCUCUCAUCUUGAUAGCAUCGUUUCUCACAUUCAUAUGGCUGAUUGCGGACACAGUACAUCGGCCAGAAUUUGUGCGGCAUGCAUCAAAACAUACAUUCCAUUUUGGGAACCAUUCAAAAAAUCUCGACGAACGGUGGGAUCAACGGUCAGUUGAGCAGUUUCUAUAUCUGCUGGAAAUUGAUAUCAAUGCUACGAGCGGUCCCGAAAAUGGUCCAGUUUCAGAAGCAUGUCAGUCGAAAAACACGUUGCUUUUUACAGCUUUUGCCGGCAGUACGGUGUCGGAAAACUUGUGGCAUUACUUCUCCCUGAUUGCCAUACAAAACAGCUUAAUGUCCGUGGCGAGUACGGAACGGAUACAAGUUUUACUCACUGGCACGGCACGGACAGAGCUGAGCUUGCUUUUUGCGAGUAUACCAUUUGAAGUAAUCGAUCUCGAUACGAUACGAUGCUAUUACAUGCCGGCGGCAUGCAUUUUAAACAGCGACACAAACAUCGAACUAGCUGCAGACAAGAAUCAGGUUUACAUACUCAACAAUCAAGCGAAGCGCGUUGAGGAGAUCGUUAAAGUUUCCUGGGAGCAACAAAGACAGUUCUUCAACAUUCGCCCGGAAACCCAAAACACAGUCUACGACUUACUAAAGGAAUUACGCCAACGCGCAAAACUGUACGGCGAUGAAGAUGAUGUGACCAAUCUUCAGUUGGUUGGUGUACAUAUUCGUGAGGAAGAUGCACUACCUUUCGAGUACUACUAUCGUGCCAUUACAUUUCAACGCAAAAUGCAUGAUUCUGGCCUACUGUUCUUUGUGGUCAUAUGUGAAAAUCCCACCGGUGAGAUUUGCACUAUGUUGAACGCACAAAGCGAGCGAAUUGAAGUUAUGCCAGAACACGAUGAAAUUGAUGUUGAUUUUGCGCUUAUGAUGAUUUGCAAUCACACGAUCGUAUCAAAUGAACGUGACAUAUUUCCACCAUUGCUUCGGGGAGUAGGCAAUACUGUUGUGUUUGGCCAGCCAAACGAUGGUAGUCGAUAUGCGAAUGAGUUAGCUAACUAUUUGGAGAAUUGGUACAGUAUUGUUUAGUGUAAGUGCGUAAUGUGAGUAUACCAUAAAACAGUCAAUAAAUUAAUGUGUUAUUACAUAUGAUAA